AUGCCUGCUCUGGGGUUCUCCGCCAACAGCGUCCCUCGACUGGCCCCCUCAACCGCCUACGCGAAGCUAUGGAGGUCGGGAACAGAGCAGAGGCCUCGCUUCUUCCCCAACGAGAGGAGGCUAUCAUCUUCCGCUUCCUUCGAGUGCAGAGCGGCCUUCUCCACUUCUUCGUCCUCCGUCGGGGAUUACGACCUCUAUGAUCUUCUCGGCCUGGAUAGCUCCUCCGACCAGUCCCAAAUCAAGAGCGCCUACCGCGCGCUGCAGAAGCAAUGCCAUCCUGACAUCGCGGGGCCGCCCGGGCACGACAUGGCCAUCAUCCUCAACGAAGCAUACGCCGUGCUCUCCGAUCCCCACUCCCGUUUCGCCUACGACAAGGUAAACUGCGGAACCGGAGGGCCCGGUGGUUCUUUCUACUGCGCAUGGUCAUGUCUCCGAUUCAAGUGGGGGCUCCUCGACUGUUGCAGGAGCGAGAGAGGAAGGUCGACUUCCGUGGCUUCACUGGGAAGCCUCUGUACUCGACAUGGUUCGGGCCAGAGAGCGAGCAGAGAGCGGUCUUCGUGGACGAGGUGAGAUGCGUGGGCUGCCUGAAGUGCGCCCUCUGCGCCCGCAACACCUUCGCAAUUGAAACGGUCUACGGCCGCGCGCGCGUGGUCGGGCAGUGGGCCGACCCCGAGAGCAAGAUUCUGGAAGCCAUAGACAUUUGCCCCGUCGAUUGCAUCUCGUGAGCGCCUUCUCCGAGCCUUUCAUCGACGGUGUCGGCCGCUGAGAGCGAUUCUAAUCGUAAGCGCUGGUUCCCUGAGCUUCCAGGAUCGUGGCGAGGUCAGAUCUCGCGGCGCUGGAGUACCUGAUGUCCAAGCAGCCGCGCGGGGCAGCCAGGAUGACCGGCGGAGACAACAUCUUUUCAGAUGUCAAGAAAUUCCAGAGGAGAUACAGCGAAAUGAAGGACCGAGCCUCAACGGAGGAUUUCAAGGUGAGACAGACGUACUGUUCUUGGAGCUCUUACCCCGGUGUUCGACGAAGGUUUCUUCACGUGGAAGCAGGAAAACCAAGUUCGGGAUUCGUGACUUGUGGCGAUGACUUGACUGCCUUCGGUGUAACGUGCAGGAGUCGGUUCUGCAGAGAGAGGCAAGAGCUGCCGCCAUGCGGGGGAUCAGGUCCGUCUCGUACUGGUGGUACCGGCGGUCCAGCUCGUCCGCCGGGUCGCCGGAAGCUCGCCGGAAACUGGUGGCGUUCACCGGAACGCGUGUAGGAGCGUCUAAUAAUAAGAGACUGCAAGAGGCUGCCGCAAAGCGGCGGGCUGGUGGAACCACGCAACCUGCCGGGCGAACGUUGCCGGCGCACAGAACCGGCGAGGAGUACUGGACGCCGGUUAUCCAUUCGUCGCCGUUGCAGAAUUCAGCCACCGACGCAUCGACCCCGCGCCGCCCAGCUACUCGCCAGGUGAAGUCGGAUAGGAGGCGGACGACCGGCGGGCAACCCACGGGAGGGUUGCGCUUGAAUCCCGUGAUGAUGAGGAUUCCUUUGCUCGUCGCCGGGAUCGCUGCCGCCACAGUAGGAGUCGAAGGUGGAGAAAGGACAAGCGCCGGCAUACAGCAACACUUCGCCGGCGCAGCGGCGCUGGAAAUCGUCAACAGCUCCUGGCUGCAAAUCCUUCUGGCGGGGAUCACUUGGUAUCUACUCGCGGCGGCCGCGGUGGGAUUGAUCGCAGUCGUACAAAGCAAGGAGGAUUAG